CGCUUCCUCAAGGUUAAUGCAUCCCCUUGCCUUUUUCUAAACAAACAUUGCAUAUGUUCAAAUAAACAAAACUGCUUUAUAAAAUCAAUUCACAUGAUCAAAGACUUCGACUGAUCUAUACUAGACUGUAUUCUUUGACUCAUAAACGAUACUUAAGUAGAUUUGAGAAACCUAGUUGGUUGAGCUCAACCACUUUCUAGAUGUAUUAAGAGUUUAUACUAGUGUGUAGACUAGCGCAUGAUAGUUUCAGUGGGGGCUUUAGUUUACAAAUUAAAUCUAAAUGUAAGUGGGAUUUUCAUUAUGAAUUAACAGAUGUAUUACCAAGAUUUUAUUUAACUCUGUGGGCAAGAUAAUCCAGCGUCAAAAUCGAAGUUCAUUAUUGUGUUUCUGCCUGGUUCGUUCACAACCUGUAGCCCUGCUCAAUUCCAUUUUGAGCGAAUUGGAAAGUAGCUCACCAAUCACGUGUUGAAGUAAGGAAUCCAACCAAUUGAACAAUCACAAGGAAUUCAUUGAAAUCAAGUCCUUGAGGUUUUUGCAUAUGAGGGAGGACGAUAUCACCGGACUACUCAAAUCUAAGUAGCCAGGAUAGGGUUUUCACCUGAGACUUAAUGGCUCGAAGUCCCAGGUUUGAACCCUUGAUUGUGAAAUGUUCGGUUUUGUGCUGACAAUUUGUUUUAGACUUAUAAACGUUUAGAGAGUGCCUUCGUAAAUUAUCUGUUCUUAGGGAAAGUAAAGUGCCAAUGUAUUAAAUAGUUUGAAAACCGUGAUCAAGUCAUCUCUAGUUAAGAUCUUUUACCGUACGGUAGUUUUUUAAUUCCAGUAACCAACUUGGUUUCUGCUUCUUUAAGCUUUUUUUCUACAGUUUACUCCUGUUAAGGUGCUAUUUACUGAUUUGCAGCACUUGGCUUUGUGUGGGGCAUGGAAGUUUCAACAUAUACGUGGCUGAAGGCUCUACGUAAUAGUCAGGUGCUCCUAAAACUCUUAUAAGCUAUUAUACUUCAGUUUUUGACUAACUUUUAUUGCGUAUUUUAUCUAGACGUAUAGUAACUCAACCUUUAAAAAAUAAGUACGCAUCAAUAAAAUUCAUCUAGGACUUCCUUAAGUAUUAAGGUUAGAAUGUCGAGGUAAAUGAUCAGUCUUUCAAAAGUUGGUAAAAAGUAGGUAAUUUCAGAACAGCAGUUAUUCUUUCUCAUGGUAUUCAACUUAGAUAUUCUACUAGAGCUAACACUCAGACGUUGUAAUGUCCGCGAAUCAUAAAAUUAUACCUAAUAUCAACGAUAAAAUAAAGUAGUCAAAUCAGAACAAAUAAUUGACUUGAUCUGAGCUACGUUUGUAGAUACAGAUUAAGGGGUUUAAGUCCGCGCAAUAACCACAAUCCCUGGCCGAAGACUUUUGGUGACAUGGCUUUGAAUCGUUCAUAAUGGUACAGAUCCAUUCACUCCUUGUCUUUUUCUAGAUGUUGAAUUCCAGAUUUCCAUCGUACAUAUCUUCCCACUCUAUGUUUUUGAACUGUAUUCCCAAUAUCCAGUCUUCCUUAUUAUCAUUGCUACUAUAUUAUUUCGAGCUCUCUUGGUUUUCUUGUUACAUUCAUCUUGUCGGAGUAAUCUGAUAGAGCGACGUGGCUUAUCGCAUAUCAAUGCAUUAAUAAUGAGUAACAAUAAAGUGGGACUACAUAUUGUUUCGUGCAUAAAAAUAAUGUUCACUGGUAAACAACAGUAUGGGCUCUAAGUGGGUUAUGACGAGAUUAAAGUUAAUAUAACGGCAUUCAUAAGGCUAGUUAGUGUACGUGAUGCAUGUUACUUAGAGCCUGCCUUAGGAAUAGUGCUUAUGCCACCCAUACAUCCUGACGCCAUUCUUAAAGAAGCUGUGUAAGCUGUCUGAGUUGUAGCUCAUCUUGUUCUGUUGACUUACUCGCAUUUAAAAUGUCCAACUUCGUCAAAAUGUUUACACGUAAUAAUUAUAAAACUAAUUUUAUGUCCGUAGAUAGCUUGUUUAUAAGACCGAAAUCAGCUGACGAUAAGAUGUUCUACUUGUAGCUCUGUCAGAAAAAUGUGUUCUCGUCACUCUUCGUGCGAACUUUUGUUACAAAUUUUGCUCUUAUGAUAUAUAUAUAUAUAUAUAUAUAUAUCGUUUACGCUGUAAAGUAUCCAGCUACUUAAGAUGUAUAGUGCCAGCAAGUGAAUAUUUAACUCAUUUAACAAGUAUAGUUUUAUUCACUUGUCUUUUAGUGAGUUGCUUUUUUUUUUACAAUUUAACUGGAAAAUAAAUAGGUUCUCUUUAAAUUGAAGGAGUUAUUUAUAUGUUGCAGCGGCGAUAGUCGAUUACAGUGAGCCGUAGCAACAUGUAUAUUCCAUAAUCACAGAAUGUUUUUUGCACAAAUAGUUUGCAUUACCUGCAUGUGGGCACAACCAUUAGAUCCAGUCAGUCCACAGAUACAGUCCAACGAGCCAUAGAAAGAAAAUAAAACAUGCAAUUAAAUGCCAACUAAACGUAUUCUCCCAUGGAAAAUACCAGACUGGCUUCUAGAUGAUCCUUUAUUAAAUAAAUCUAUAUCAGAAUAUUUACCAGUUCACUAUAAUUUUGAGAUCCAUAAAACCAUAUGGCGUAUACAUUGUCUUCGAGCCAGGCGGAUUGCUUUACAAAUGCCAGAAGGUUUGCUCUUGUUUGCAAUACCAAUUUCUGAAAUUAUUCGAAAUUACUUUAUUCGUAGUAAUAAAACCUCAGUUAAUGCUCUUACUAUCUCUACUAACGAUACUACUGUAGGUGAGGACAGUAUUAAAGAUAUUGAUGUUGUAAUUUUGGGCGAUGUGACUUAUGGAGCUUGUUGUGUGGAGGAGCUGACUGCAAAAGCUCUUGGUGUUGACUUGCUUGUACAUUAUGGUCAUAGUUGCUUGGUACCGUUGGACUCAAUUUCUGUUCUAUACGUAUUUGUUGAUAUUCAGAUCGAUAUCGUCCAUCUCAUAGAUAGUGUAAAGGCUAACUUUGAGAAGUCUUCCCGUUUAGCCCUUGUUUCUACAAUACAAUUUGUUACUAGUUUGCAGACUGCUAAACAACCAUUAUUAGAAGCCGGCUACUCAGUUACCAUCCCUCAGUGCCUUCCUUUAUCGCCUGGUGAAAUACUUGGAUGUACAUCUCCUAAAGUAGAAGGUGUUGAUGCCUUAAUCUACGUGGGUGAUGGUCGCUUUCAUCUUGAAUCUAUUAUGAUAUCUAAUCCGUUGUUAGCUGCUUAUCGUUAUGAUCCCUACAAUAAGUCAUUUACGCGUGAAUACUAUGAUCAUAAAGUAAUGCGUAAACAUAGAAAAAAAGCUGUUGAUACCGCAAGAAAUGCUGUCAAUUUUGGGAUAAUAUUGGGUACACUCGGAAAACAAGGGUCAUCGACCGUUGUGAAACAACUUCAGACAGAAUUGGAAAAAUCAGGAAAGACUUACAUUAUACUAUUGCUGUCUGAAAUAAUUCCAAGUAAAUUAGCGCUUUUCGAUGAACAAGUAGACGUCUGGAUUCAGGUUGCAUGUCCUCGUCUUAGUAUUGACUGGGGUGUUGAGUUUACUAAACCUUUACUCACACCAUACGAAGCAUUCGUUGCUUUAAAUGAGCAAGUUUUUUGGCCUCGAGAUUUAUCCGAAGCCUAUCCCAUGGAUUAUUAUGCUAACCAAAGUUUGGGACACUGGACACCAAAUCACAGGUUGAAUAAAUUGAGUGCACCAAAAACCGUUAACUAAAAAGAUAUCUUACUUGUAAAAAUGGCUGCUGUAAAUAUAACUUACUAUUAGAACUAAAGUGUAUUUUUUUUAAAGUAAUUUUACUUUGAUUAUUUGAGUUAAUCAUGUAUGUAGUAGUAUAAAUCAAAUGUUUUAUAUACAUUAUGGUCAAAUAACUUGACCACGUUUAUUCACCGUGACUGACAAACGACAAGUUAUUCAAGAGAUAAUAUAUGUGGUUACCCGAUUAUUAAAACAACUCAAAACACGAUUCGAUAAAAGAUAACUAACAGCAAACCAACACCCCCCCC